AUGGAUUAUUUAUACGCUGCUACUACUAGAACUGAUCGCCUCAUCUCUCUGUGGUAUAGAGCCCUGUUCUUGAACCUUCGCCAGGUGGUCUUCAAGACGAACACAAACCCCACUGCAACCAGUACCAGUUGUAUCAAGAACAGCUGCACCAACCAGAGAAUUACAACCAUGCCUCCAUCAGCAUCUCGCCAGCUUCUGAGGAUAAGCCCCUCUUGUUCUUUUGCGCGGCCUCCAGGUCGUGGUUUCCGCAUACAGAGUCCUUUGUCGAAUCAGAAUCUACUGUGCAGAUCUGGAGGAUGGAAGUGGCUCUCUGAAUGGCAGACCGAACUUGAGGCAGUCCAAGAAAAAGCUGUGAAAAUAUUAAGGCAUCAUGACAGGAUACAGAGUGGUAGUGACUACUUAGUUGUGAGCUGAAGUUGUGGUUGAUUCGUGAUUCUGACUGAUCGAAACUACUUACUAGUUACUGCAGUUCUUGCAGCAAGGUCUGGUAGAAGUACCUCGGGUUGAGAAUUUCUUCGGUGUCACGACCACGGCUACAUUUCAUAAUUCCCGCAGCUUAGAACCAACAUCUUCAAAUUACUUGCUUGAUUGCUGCAGGUAGUUGAUAUGUUCAUGUUUCUCUUCAAUAUUUCAUGUUCAAAUUAUUUAAUAUGUUCAGGCUGUUCUUGAAAACCGAAAUCUUGCUAAUAUGAAGACGAAAAGUGCCUUGGGAUGGCACCAAUCCGGAGAUUUUAACGAUAAAAGCGGAAAGAAAAGAGUUCCUCAGGAAUGAAUGGAAGAAAAAGAAGGCGGGAGGGGGAGGAUAGAGUACCGACAUGCGCGAGAACCCAACUCAAUUCAAUGUUGGAACUUGAGAAGAAAUUCUGGGGUAUGCCUUGUUUCAUUUCGCCAUCGACAGAAUAAACUUGCU